AAAUUGAAUACCUUAAGCUUUCUUUGUCAUGUGGUGUACAACUCCGUGCGUGAAACCGGUAAGAGGAAGAGGCGUUACUAUACACUUGAAGCUUACCAAGACUACGAAUCCUUCUACUUCAAGCAAACACGAAAUAAGGAGUACCUAACAACCAAAUAAGCAUUAUCUAACAAAGGGACCAAGCUAUUCAGUACAAAAGGAAGGGAAAGCUUGUCAGAAGCAAGAAAUUGAAAACUUCUCGUAAAAAAAGCAUGCUGCAAAACAGAAUUCUUGCGUUCUUGUUGCUUGCGUUUACUCAGCUCUUGGUGGAGAUACCUGGAACUGGUGCGAAAGUUCCAGCACUUAUUGUAUUUGGGGACUCAACUGUGGACUCAGGGAACAACAACCAGAUCUCUACGGUUCUAAAGAGUAACUUCCAGCCGUAUGGCCGGGACUUUUUUGACGGCAAAGCAACUGGGAGAUUCUCAAAUGGUCGGAUAGCUCCAGAUUUCAUCUCUGAAGGCUUAGGACUCAAGAACGCAGUUCCUGCUUACCUAGAUCCAUCAUAUGACAUCAAAGACUUUGCCACUGGUGUCUGUUUUGCUUCAGCUGGAACCGGCUUAGACAAUGCAACCUCUGAUGUGUUAUCUGUGAUGCCGCUAUGGAAGGAAGUGGAGUACUACAAAGAGUACCAGACCAAGCUGAGAAGCUACUUGGGAGAAGAGAAAGCUAAUGAAGUUAUCAGGGAAUCACUUUACCUGAUUAGUAUAGGAACCAACGAUUUUCUUGAGAAUUACUAUCUUCUUCCUCGCAAGUUACGCAAGUACUCUGUUGAUGAGUACCAAAACUUCCUGAUAGGACUCGCUGGAGAGUUCUUGACCGAAAUUUACAGACUUGGAGCUCGUAAGAUGUCCUUUUCUGGACUCUCUCCUUUUGGAUGCUUGCCACUUGAAAGAACAACACAGAUCUUUUACGGAAGCAAAUGUAUUGAAGAAUACAACGUUGCUGCUAGAGACUUCAACACCAAGAUGGCGGAUAAAGUCUUUAAGUUUAACAAAGAGCUGAGCGGACUACAGCUCGUGUUUUCAAACCCAUAUGACUUGGUUUCAGACAUCAUACACCGUCCUGAAGCAUUCGGUUUUAAUAAUGUAAGGAGUGCAUGUUGUGGAACGGGAUACUAUGAGAUGAGCUACUUAUGUGAUAAAAUGAACCCUUUCACAUGUACUGAUGCGAGCACAUAUGUGUUUUGGGACUCGUUUCAUCCAACAGAGAAGACGAACAGAAUCGUAGCAAGCCAUGUUCUGAAGUAUGACUUAGCUCGGUUUCAGUGAUAAAUAAGAAAGGAAAAAUAUUUUUUACCUACUACAUUCUUUCUCCUGCAUGAUUUCUGUAACCAAUGUCUCAGUCAACUUUCUUGAUAUUUCAUUAAGCUUCUACUUUCUAGAGUAUUGUAAAAGAACUA